AUGCAGAACAUGUUUCUUCUAAUCCAUUGUUCGGUUAUUUUCGUUUUACAGGGUGAUAGAAUACAAGCUUCAGUAAAACAGAAAUUGCUUCGCAAAUUUCAAAAUGAUUUACCUGAAGGAGAGUUUCGUGAUAUCGUCUUGGCUAACGAUCGGGAUUACAGGGCAAAGAAACAUCCUUGCAAGAUUAAUUUCUUAUUCACAACAUGUGUUAAGCGGUGUGAUGUCAUCCCCAAGAUACCCCGUUUUGAUUUCUGUGCUUUUUCAGAUAUUAUUGCUCAAUCUAAUGACACUGAUGUUUUCAUUGACAUACUUGGUGAAAUUGUAGGAAUGGACUCUCAAGUUAAAGAAAAAAAUCUUCUCAGGCACUCCAUCUAA